CGCAUUCAAAGGUCGCUGAUUGAUGCUCUCUCUCGUCCCGGAGGAGGGCCGUUCCGACUGCACAGCUCCUCCUUGUGUCUCUGAUGGCGAGUCUUCUGCGUGUGGUGGCCAGCAGCUGUUCCAGCCCCCUGUUCUCUGGGCUACAAUGUGCCCGGACGGUGAAGAAACCUUGUGUGCGCUUCUUUAGGACACAUCAAGCCCUCAACCGCCUCACUAGUCCAGGCAUUCCUUACAAACAGCUGACCGUCGGCGUUCCUAAGGAAAUCUUUCAGAAUGAGCGUCGAGUGGCCAUCUCUCCUGCCGGAGUGGAAGCUCUCAUCAAGCAGGGCUUUAAUGUGGUGGUGGAGUCCGGCGCGGGAGAAUCUGCCAAGUUCUCUGAUGACAUGUACACAAAAGCAGGAGCCACCAUCAGGGACGUCAAGGAUGUCUUCUCAUCUGAUGUUCUCCUUAAGGUUCGUGCUCCCAUGUUGAACCCCACUCUAGGAGUUCAUGAGGCCAGCCUGAUGAGUGAAGGAGCCACGCUUGUCAGUUUCAUCUAUCCUGCUCAGAACCCUGAGCUGAUGGACACGUUGUCUCAGCGCAAAGCCACUGUCCUGGCCAUGGACCAGGUGCCGCGUGUUACUAUUGCUCAGGGUUAUGAUGCCCUCAGCUCCAUGGCCAACAUUGCUGGCUAUAAAGCCGUGGUCCUGGCAGCUAACAACUUUGGCCGCUUCUUCACUGGUCAGAUCACAGCCGCAGGGAAGGUUCCUCCUGCUAAGGUGUUGAUCAUUGGAGGUGGAGUGGCUGGAUUGGCUGCUGCUGGAUCUGCCCGCGCUAUGGGUGCCAUUGUCAGAGGAUUUGAUACCAGAGCGGCUGCACUGGAGCAGUUUAAGUCCCUGGGCGCUGAACCUCUUGAGGUGGAUAUUAAGGAGUCAGGAGAAGGUCAGGGUGGUUACGCUAAGGAGAUGUCCAAGGAGUUCAUCGAGGCAGAGAUGAAGCUGUUUGCCAAGCAGUGUUUGGAUGUUGACAUCAUUAUCACUACCGCGCUCAUCCCCGGUCGGAAGGCCCCUGUGCUGAUUACUAAGGAAAUGGUGGAGACCAUGAAAGACGGUUCAGUGGUGGUGGAUCUGGCUGCAGAGGCAGGGGGAAACAUCGAGACCACGGUUCCUGGAGAACUGUCUGUUCACAAAGGUGUGAUUCACGUCGGCUAUACUGAUAUUCCCAGUCGUCUCCCGACUCAAGCCAGCACUUUAUACUCUAACAACAUCACUAAACUUAUCCGCGCCAUCAGCCCAGACAAGGAAACUUUCUACUUUGAUGUGAAAAACGAGUUUGAUUUUGGCACGAUGGACCAUGUCAUCCGAGGUUCAGUCGUUAUGCAGGAUGGAAAAGUGCUUUUCCCUGCACCGCAACCUCAGAACGUACCGGUGGCAGCCCCUCCAAAACAAAAGACUGUCCAGGAGCUGCAGAAGGAAAAAGCAUCUGCCGUCUCACCCUUCAGAGCCACCCUCACCACGGCUGGGGUUUAUACCGGAGGUCUGGGUACAGCGAUUGGUCUUGGACUAUGUGCUCCCAAUGCUGCUUUCACUCAGAUGGUAACAACCUUUGGCCUGGCAGGAAUUGUGGGAUACCACACCGUAUGGGGCGUCACUCCUGCUCUUCAUUCUCCACUUAUGUCUGUUACAAAUGCAAUUUCUGGUUUGACAGCUGUUGGUGGUCUAUCCCUCAUGGGUGGUGGCUAUCUCCCCAGCAGCACAGCCGAGACUCUGGCCGUUCUCGCUGCUUUCAUCUCCUCUGUCAACAUCGCCGGUGGUUUCUUGGUCACUCAGAGGAUGUUGGACAUGUUCAAGCGGCCCACUGAUCCUCCAGAGUACAACUACUUGUAUCUUCUUCCUACUGGUGUGUUUGUUGGUGGUUAUGGAGUUGCUCUUCAAAGCGGUUACAACAUUGAACAGAUGAUGUAUUUGGGCUCUGGCCUUUGCUGUGUGGGGGCUCUGGGGGGUCUGUCCACACAGUCUACAGCCCGUCUCGGAAACGCCCUUGGCAUGAUUGGAGUGGCUGGAGGUAUUGCAGCCACUUUUGGAGUGCUGAAACCUUCUCCUGAGCUCAUGGCACAGAUGAGUGCAGCCAUGGCAGUGGGUGGCACUGCUGGUUUGACCAUUGCUAAAAAGAUCCAGAUUUCAGACUUGCCCCAGCUUGUUGCUGCUUUCCACAGUCUGGUGGGUCUGGCCGCUGUCCUCACCUGUGUGGCCGAGUACAUGGUGGAGUAUCCUCACUUUGCCACCGACCCUGCUGCCAACCUCACUAAGAUCGUGGCUUACCUGGGCACCUACAUCGGUGGAGUCACAUUCAGUGGGUCUCUGGUGGCUUAUGGCAAACUGCAAGGUCUCCUGAACUCUGCUCCGCUAAUGCUUCCUGGUCGUCAUGCGCUGAACGCCACCCUCAUGGCAGCCAGUGUGGGCGGCAUGAUCCCCUAUAUGCUUGAUCCCAGCUACACCACUGGCAUUACCUGCCUGGGCUCUGUUUCUGCUCUCUCUGCUGUCAUGGGCCUGACCCUGACAGCCGCCAUCGGAGGGGCCGACAUGCCCGUGGUGAUCACAGUGCUAAACAGCUACUCCGGCUGGGCCCUAUGCGCUGAAGGCUUCCUGCUGAAUAACAACUUGCUGACCAUUGUGGGUGCCCUCAUUGGCUCUUCUGGUGCCAUCCUCUCAUACAUCAUGUGUGUGGCCAUGAACCGAUCCCUGGCUAAUGUCAUUCUGGGAGGCUACGGCACAUCAUCCACCGGCACAGGGAAGCCUAUGGAGAUCACAGGUACCCACACCGAGGUCAACGUGGAUCAGACGGUGGAUCUGAUCAAGGAGGCUCAUAAUAUCAUCAUCGUUCCAGGUUAUGGUCUGUGUGCAGCAAAAGCUCAGUAUCCCAUUGCUGAUCUUGUGAAGUCACUGACUGAUCAGGGCAAGAAAGUCAGGUUUGGAAUCCACCCUGUGGCUGGUCGAAUGCCGGGCCAGCUGAAUGUACUGCUGGCUGAAGCUGGUGUGCCAUAUGAUGUUGUGCUGGAGAUGGAUGAGAUCAAUGAAGACUUCCCUGAAACUGAUCUGGUUUUGGUCAUUGGAGCUAAUGAUACAGUGAAUUCUGCAGCCCAAGAAGACCCUAACUCCAUCAUUGCUGGCAUGCCUGUUUUGGAGGUCUGGAAGUCCAAGCAGGUCGUCGUGAUGAAAAGAUCUCUGGGAGUUGGAUAUGCCGCUGUGGACAACCCUAUCUUCUACAAACCAAACACAUCUAUGCUUUUGGGUGAUGCCAAGAAGACUUGUGAUGCUCUGUCUGCCAAGGUCCGCGAGGGCUAAAGAGGAAAGACAAGAUCUGACCUUGCUUUGCACCAGAUGAGUCACAGAGAUGAGGAGAUCGAACAAACCCAAUAAACCCUUAGAUAAUAAAUUAGCACAAAUAGAAUUAAGCUCUUAAUGACACACACUAUGGCCGUUUUGAUUUAUUUAGCCAUAGAAAUAGGAAGUUUAUUCAGUGUUUCCAGGAUUUUUAUUUUUGUUCUUCUUUAAACACUUUUUAGGUCCCAUUUCAAUCGAGUUAAAAGGAAAAAAGCAUUACAGCAUUAUCACAUUGCAUCAAAGCAUGACAUUGAUUAGCAUUAUUAAAUGAAGCUAAGCUAAUUUUUGUAUUAUAAAUACAGUUUUUAUGUUUUUAGCAUUAUCAUAUAUUAAUUUUCUCAACUUCAAACUGUAUGCUUUUUUCCCUUUUUCUUGCUUAUUGUUAAUUUCCUGCAAACUUACCAUGUGCAUUAAGUGACCAGCUGAUGGUAUAGUGUGUUGUUCCAAGCGAGGAAUUACCCCUGCAGCUUCAGAGGACCAUUUCCAAACAAUGCAAAUUUUCUCUUAAGAGCUCAAAGCGUUGAAGGAUCGCUGCUGAAAUGAAGUACAGUCCUAGCUAAUUUCACUGAAGAUUUAAACACAGAAUCCCAAACACCUGUGGCUCCUCCAUAAGACAAGAUUUGUAUUUCCCAACCACUCGUAAUUUAAUUGAAUGUCACUGUAGUGGUGAGGUUAGCAUGAGUAGUUACUGUAUUUCUGCCCUGUUGUGCUCCCAAAUUAGUUCCCAGCAGUAAUCCUCUACAGUGUUUGACAGGGAGUGGAACAGAUGUACUGUACUUUACCCACCGGGACCUAAAGGAAUAGAUCUUGCGAGAUACAGGAACCAAGACAGACCAUUACAACGACCCUACCUCUCCAUAGUUUCAACUCGACCAAAACAAUCCCUCACCUCUCUGAUCUCACACUCCUCUGCUAAUAUUUGUCUCUAAGCUGGCCUACAUUUGGGUGCGUAGUUUGUUCCUAAGUGUAGACUGGAUGUAGGAAGUUACAUCGCAAAUAAGCUGCAAUUAUUUUGCUGAAAAUCACCAGGAAUAUUUUAUGUAAAAAGAAGUAAGGGAAUCAAUUGUCGGAAGGAGCAAGAAGUAUUUAUCGAACUCUGUUUGGGUUAAUACGGCGUGUGCAUUCCCUCCUGCUCUCUUCAGGAUAUGUCAUGUACACAGGUUCAAAUAGAAAUGAUUCUUUGAUAACUGCUUUGCAAUACAUGGGAGGGAAGAAGGCAAGUCUCCAGAUGUUUCAUUGUGCCAUGGUGAGGAAUUAAUGUCAUACUGUGAAAUGUUUUUUUUCUCUCCACUGUACCACAGAACAUCCCUCUUAAUAAACAUCCUGAUAAGAGAA